CCACUCGGGCCCCAACGCAUCCGUUCACCACCUGCGAGAGCGAGCGUACCGUUCGUUCGUUCGUCCGGUGUACGUCUCGCCAUGGCCAUGGUGCAGCCGGUGGACAUGGCCGUGAAGGCCAACGAGAUCAUGGCGAGGUUCAGGCCCAUCGCGCCCAAGCCCGUGCUGCCGGCGGCGGCGGCGGGGGUGACGGGUGGUGGUGACGGUGCUGCGGCGGUGGCGGCGACGAACCGCGUGCUCUGCCAGCUGCAGAGCAGGCCGUGCCGGGCGCGGAAGCGGGGGCGGCCCAGCGUAGUGCCGCCGGUGUCCCCGCCGGCGGGGGCCAAGAGGAAGAGGGCGCCGGCGUACCCGGUCCCCGUGGCGCCGCUCCGGUGCGCGGCGGUGGCCACGGCGACGAGGGCGCGCGUGUCGGUGGUGGUCGUCCCGGCCCCGGAGAGUGCGGGCGGGGUUAGUGCGCUGGCGCCGGUGUCGCCGAGUGCCGGGGACUCGACGAGGCUCUCGCCGACGGUGGUGGAGGUGGAGGACGAGGACGAGGAGAGGGGCGUGGUGCUCGUGGAGCGCGACCUGCUGCGGAAGCUGCUGGAGCCGCGGAAGCUGCUGGAGCCGCGCGCGGUGCGCCCCGUGGGCUCCACCAUCCACGUCGAGUCAGUCCACAUCGACGUCGGCCGCACCACCGCCGCCGCCGCCGCAGCCGCCCCGAAGACGGCGGAGGAGGUGGAGGCGGAGCUGGAGUCGGACUCCCUCCCGGCGGUGGUCUCGGACUCCAGCAACCGCGUCCGGCUGGUGAACGACGCGUACAAGCGAAUGGUGGGGCAGCCCGAGUGCCCGUGGCUCGACGCCGUGGCCACCGCCGCGUCCAGGAGGAUCAGCGGCGAGGUGGCGCUGGUAGUGUCCGAGCCGGCGGCGGCGGCGGCGGCGCUGCCGGAGACAUGCAAGGGGUUCUCGUGCUCGGCCAAGAUCGCGUGGGAGCGCGACGGCAAGUGGUCAUCCGUCCAUGCACCGUGCGACGUCACCCGGCUGCAGUGCGAGUCGAGGGACUACGUCUUCGCCUGGAGGUUCCGCGCCGCCGGCGACGAAUGCAACACCCACCGCCGCGCCGCCGGCGACGCGUGACGACGUGAUGCAUCAAGCCGGAGCAAACUUUAGUAGUGCAUAGAUGUAAUCGUGUUAAGGUGCAAUGUUACUAGUAGUAGCAAACUAGAUCGGCUGCUUCCUCUUUUGCGAAGCUUAUAGGAUGCAAGGCCAGGUUCUAAAGUAUAUAUGAUGUUGACCGGAGAAUGCAAGGGAAAAUUGUAACUUUUGCUUUAGUGAGAUUUGUUUGUUCUCA